AUGUGCACGGUGCACCUUUUGCUAACUUCGACAAAGGGAUGUGAAAGCACGUCCAUGGUACGUGCAGCAGAACUGGUCCAGUUUCUGCACCUUCAGCGGGUUGAACUGGGGCAGGAAUCCUCAAACACUAUGCCGGCGGAACUAGUAUGGGCGGUUGUCCUGUUUGGCCUUUACAUCCUGUGGAAGUCGACGUACGGCGGCCGCAACCCUCAGGUGCACGCUCUGACCCUCAUGAAUGAGCGACGCUUCAAGAGUUCCACUCUUGACACUCUUGUGCUCGGUCUCGCGAAGCAGCUUGCGACCAAGGCAAGGUCCCCGCAUGUUCGCCAGCUAUCAGAGGGCAUGGUGAUGGUUGUCGAGCGCCUCGUUUCACGCCAAGCCAUCAUCGAAGAGGAACACCCUAGCACCACCAGGAGAUGCCAGACGAUAUUCUGGAUGCUUGAGCAGGUUGAUCAUGUCAUGCGGGCCGAAGGAGAUGCGCUUCACCCUGCGCACCGUAAAGCGAUGAAAGGGGUGAUCGACAACAUGAACGAUGACAUUCGUGACACGAUGAAGGAGCUCGAAGAAUUCCGCAGCAUGGACAGAUUCAAGCAAUUCCUCCGGGCGCCAGGGUUCGAGCAGCGCAUGAAAAAGUCAGAAGAGGUCAUUAAGCGAGCUGAGGACAACUUAUACACCCUGAGUGUGCUAUGGCACGCCCGCACAUGUUCGAGGAUUGCCGGAAGCCUUGAAGAUUCCCAGGGGGCCAGGGCGGGGGGAAGGGCAAGAUCCGUGGCGGAAGCGCGGCCAGGGACAGCGCUGGUGGAGACGGCAAGGGCCAAGAACGACGCCGAAGUGAUAAAAGCGUAUCAGCUCACCGGUGUUCCCCGCACGGCAAAACUAUGCGGCGUGGUAGCCAGAAGAGGACAACUUGGGGUUCUCCAGUGGCUCAGAGAAACCGGGUGCCCUUGGAACGAGGGAACAUGCUGUAUGGCAGCCGAGGGGGGUCACCUCGACGUCCUGAAAUGGGCUAGGGAGAAUGGGUGCCCUUGGGAUGAGUGGACAUGCGCUCAAGCAGCUGCGGGAGGUCACCUCGACGUCCUGAAAUGGGCUAGGAAGAAUGGGUGCCCUUGGGACGACGACACAUGCUUUGCCGCAAAGUGCGAAGGUCACCUCGACGUCCUGAAAUGGGCUGAGGAAAAUGGAUGCCCUGAAGACAUCUGGGGGAGAUUUCAUUAUCGGUCGCCUUAUCGUUCUGAAUCGGGCUAUUGUUAG